UGGUCUAUUUGUUCAGGAGGAGACCACGUCAAAGUUCAAUUUGGUAUUCAAUUCUCUGCUUGUCGCCCGCAAACACAAAGCAGCACACAGCGAAGUGAAGCCUUCAGGAUGAAGGGGAUAUGGACAAUCGUCUCCGUGGCCUGCCUAGUGGUCAGUCCAGCACUGGCCGCCAUCAAAGACCUCACUUCGCACUUUAGUCAAUCUAACCCGGACCCCAGAGGCUUUCAAGCAAAGGGGGCAGGGGAUAUGGAAGACAUCCCUUUAGAUUUCCACAAAGAAAACACCAUCACCAAUGACCUGGUGUUUGAUGGCUUUGAGGACCAAGAUUACAUUGAUUUUGAUAAGAUCCUGUCUGCGGGCAGUGAUGACUACAUCGAAGGGGAUGAGAUUGAUGAGAUUGCCACUCCCGCCCCGGACAUCGACAUAUUCGCCGAACCGUCCGACCCAAAGAUUCGUCGUGCCAGACUCCUGCGGCUCUUUCACGGUCGUUCCCGCCUCCAACGCCUCAACAUUGCCAAUGCCCUCUUCGGCUUUAACCUCUAUCGAAGCCUCCGGAAUGACGUCAACCAGAGCGACAACAUUCUGCUUGCGCCUGCUGGGAUCUCCAUCGCCAUGGGGAUGAUGUCUUUAGGAGGCGGACCCGGAACCCAGGAUCAGAUCUACAAAGUUCUGGGAUUCGCUGAAUUUGUCAAUGCGAGCACUCAUUAUGACAACAGCACAGUACAUAAGCUCUUCAGGAAGUUGACACACAGGCUGUUCCGGAGAAACUACGGCUACACGCUGCGCUCCGUGAACGACGUCUACGUGAAGAAGAACGUCUCGGUGAAAGCCGCUUUCCGUGCGGAGACGAAGGCGUAUUAUUUCGCAGAGCCGCAGUCGGUGGACUUCGGGGAUGCUGCCUUUUUGAACAAGGCUAACAGUCGCAUUUUCAAGCUCACGAAGGGACUCAUAAAGGAGCCGCUCAAGAGCGUAGACCCAAAUAUGAUGCUUAUGCUGCUCAACUACCUUUACUUUAAAGGCACAUGGGAACAGAAAUUUCCCAAAGAGAUGACCCAUUACCGCAACUUUCGAGUGACCGAGAAAACAAACGUACGAGUGCCGAUGAUGACCAACAAGGGGAACUACCUGGCCGCUGCCGACCACGAGCUUGACUGUGAUAUCCUACAACUCCCGUACACGGGAAACAUCAGCAUGCUCAUUGCCUUGCCGAGGAAGAUAACAGGUAUGAGGACCUUGGAGCAGGAGAUCUCGCCCACAGUUGUCAACAAGUGGCUCAAAAACAUGACAAACAGGACACGUGAGGUUGUUCUACCUCGCUUCAAACUGGAGCAGAACUAUGACUUGAUUGCGAAUCUCAAGGAGAUGGGUCUCACUGACUUGUUCCACGACGGCGCAGACUUUACUGGAAUGACUUCGGAUAAGGUUGCCAUGAACUGGCUAAAGCACCAGGGAACCAUCACUGUGAACGAGGAAGGCACAGAGGCGGCUGCUCUGACCCAGGUGGGCUUCAUGCCUCUCUCCUCCCAGAUCCGCUUCGUAGUAGACCACCCUUUCCUCUUCCUAAUCUACGAGCACCGUACGGACUGCGUUGUGUUCAUGGGCAGAGUGGUCAACCCGUCACAGCACUAAAUGUAUAAAAUGCAUUCCAAACUGUUCCACGCAAUGUCAAUGCUGGGAGGUUCAUGUGUUUUAAUACACUUUCUUUGCUGCAAAAUGAAAAAGUAACAGGGAGAAAUUAGCUCAGUGCUUGUGUGAGUGUGUGCGUGUGUUGUGUUACUGAACACUGAGACUGAGAUUGCCUGGGUGAGUCGAAGCAUGCUGUUCUGUCUGUUAAUGUUUUCUCUUUUGUUUCCAAUUAUUCUUGUGGCUAAAUUACCUACUUCAAGAUUCAGAAAUUAAUACAAAAGCCUAUGAAAUAUUUUAUUAAUGUACACUGCAAUAGACAUUUAUGCAGAGAUUGAGUUUGAAAAUGUUUUCAAGUUGUAUUAAAUUUAUAUUGAUUAAGCCAAACA